AUGAAGAAGAAGAAAAAUCAAACAAGUGGAAGUGGUGAUACGGAUGGCAAGGACCAAGAAUGGGACAUCAAGAAGAUUAUGAAAGACAUUGAGUUCUUCAGUGCCUCACAUAUGACAUGGAAAGAGAGGAAAGAAUUAGAGAAUAGAAAAGUAGUCUCUCUUGGUGGAAAGCCUCCUAAGAAGCAGAGACUCCCUCUAAGUGUAGCCCGUGUGCAAAUGAAGAAACAAAAGGAAAGAGAACAGAAAAUGCUUGAAAUGAAGGAACAAGAGAAUAUGGUUCUUGGAAGAUUUGGAGGUGGUAGUGGUGCUAGAAGGUCAGUGGAGAAGCGCAAACCUGAGGACAGGAUGCUGAGGUCAACCGAAGGUCAUUUUAAAAAUGGUAUACUUGAUGUGAAGCAUUUGCUGAAUCGGACACCAUCUAGAGAUGAUGGUUCUAGCAGUCAUAUGACCAGUAAAGGGAAGAAGCAGCAGCACGGAGGCAAAAGGAACAAGGGAAAGAAAAAAGGUGGUGGGAGAAAGCGCCAUUGA